CCGGAGCCCCGGGCGGAGCUGCUGCCCCGCCUGUGCCACCUGCUGAAGGGGGGGAGCGGGUACGGCUUCAACCUGUACAGCGACAGGAAGAAGGGCGUGCAGUUCGUGCGCAGCGUGGACCCCGACUCCCCCGCCCAGCGGGGGGGGGUGCGGGCCGGAGACAGAGUCCUGGAGGUGAACGGGGUGACCACGGGGGACCUGAGGCACUCCGAGGUGGUGGCGCUGAUCCGGGCGGGGGGGCAGGAAGUGCGCCUCCUGGUGGUGGACCAGAACACGGACGAGCUCUUCCUCAGGCUGGGAAUCAUGCCCACCAGCAGCCACAUCAGAGAGGUCUAUGUGGAUGAGGCCCCGCCCCCUCCGGCCCCCCCCCCUCCGGCCGUAGACGCCCCCAUCAUUAGCGUUACCAUGACGGAUUCUCCCGUCACAACCCCGUCCCCAAAGUCCCGGACCAAUGGGAGCUCAGCUCCCACGGCGGCGGAGGCCAAGCAGAAGGUCCUCGCCACCCGCAGCAAGAAGAGAGCCCCCCCCAUGGACUGGAGCAAGAAGCAGGAGCUGUUCAGCAACUUCUGA